AUGGGCCUUGUCUGGACUUCCCGGCUAGCCCUCCCUUCCACACUCCAAGCCAACAGCACCAACACAGUCAAGGCCUCAGCCCUGACUUCCAUCUUCAGGGGGACAGAGCCAGCGUUCCAGCCAGAUUCUGAGGGAGAGGGUGUUGCUGACCAGGGGGUUUUGCCGGGAGGACCAAGGAUUUUGUCUCUAAAAGGCUCCUUAGGAGGGAGGGAGGGUGAGGGCGGGCUGGGGGCAAGGGGCGGCCAGAGGUAUUUGUGGGAGGGAGGAAGGAGGGGCCACACCUACCGACAGGGAGGAGUAGGAACCAGGGAACUCAACCAGCCAGCCGAGGGGAUCAAAUUCCUCUGCGGUGAAGACCCAGCCACUCCACCUACCCACAGCCCAGUCCCGCAGGCAGCAGAGCCGGCAGGAGCCACCUUCCCCGGGGCCCACGCCUGCCUGUCCCUCCUGGGUCCUCAGUGCCUGCCAGGAAGGAAAGCCGGAGAGAAAAAGGAGACAAUGGAGCCAGACAGGACUCAGAUAAAGCUUGAUCCCAGGUACACGGCAGAGCUUCUGGAGGUACUGAAAACCAAUUACAGCAUUCCCUCUGCCUGCUUCUCUCACCCUCCCACAGCAGCCCAACUUCUGAGAGCAUCGGGCCCUGUGGAAACUUCUCUCACGGUCAUCAUGACCUUGCUUGCCCUGGGCUCAGUUGCCAUCUUCCUGGAGGAUGCUGUCUACCUAUACAAGAACACUUACUGCCCCAUCAAGAGGAAGACUCUGCUCUGGAGCAGCUCUGCGCCCACGAUAGUGUCUGUGUUCUGCUGCUUUGGUCUCUGGAUCCCUCGUGCCCUCAUGCUCGUGGAAAUGGCCAUAACCUCGUUUUAUGCGAUGUGCUUUUACCUGCUGAUGCAGGUCAUGGUGGAAGGCUUUGGUGGGAAGGAGGCAGUAGUAAGGACACUGAAGGACACCCCAGUGAUGAUCCACACAGGCCCCUGCUGCUGCUGCUGCCCCUGCUGCCCACAACUCAUGCUCACCAGGAAAAAGCUUCAGCUGCUGAUGUUGGGCCCCUUCCAGUAUGCCUUCUUCAAGAUAACACUGAGCCUGGUGGGCCUGUUUCUCCUCCCUGAUGGCAUCUAUGACCCAGCAGAUAUUUCAGAGAAGAGCACAGCUCUAUGGAUCAACGUUUUCCUUGGUGUGUCCACCCUGUUAGCUCUGUGGACCCUGGGCAUCCUUUUUCGUCAAGCCAAGCUGCACCUGGGCGAGCAGAACAUAGGAGCCAAAUUUGUUCUGUUCCAGGUUCUCCUUAUUCUGACUGCCCUGCAGCCAUCCAUCUUCUCAGUCUUGGCCAACGGUGGGCAGAUUGCUUGUUCGCCUCCCUUUUCUUCUAAAAUCAGGUCUCAAGUGAUGAACUGCCACCUCCUCAUCCUGGAGACUUUUCUGAUAACCGUGCUCACACGAAUAUACUACCGAAGGAAAGACGACAAGGUUGGAUAUGAACCUUUCUCUUCUCCAAACCUGGAUUUGAACCUCAAAGCUGGAGGUGGACUGCUUGGACAAUGA